AUGAUGGUAGAACGUCUCAGUCUGCGAGAAUCUUUGCGUUGCUUUGCUAGUCAGGACUAUAAAGCUGAGAAGCGUCACGUGCUAUGUGAGGAGGAACUUUCUAAAAGAAAAGAGGAGGACAAUCAACUACUGGACGCUGUUUUCAAGAAACAUCAAGUUGUGUUACACAUAAAAGACGUCCAGCAGGUGUCAGCAGAGAGUCAAGAAGAGAUUCCCUCCAAGCAGCAGGAGUGGAGCUCCAGUGUGGGACAAAAGGAGCUACAGGCCCCCUCCCACAUUAAAGAGGAAGAGGAGGAACUGUGGGAGCAGCUUCAAAGAAGGAUAGCAAAGUAUGAGGAGGAACUUUGUCCACCAAAAGAGGAGAAGGAGCGACAACAUCAACUACUGGACGCUGUUUUCAAGAAACAUCAAGUUGUGUUACACAGAACGGACCUCAAUGAAGCACAUCGUCCUCGUGAGCAGGAGGAGGAACCACAGUCCCCCCACAUACACGAGGAAGAAGAGGUACCACAUUCCCAACACAUCAAAGAGGGAGGAGAGGAGCCACAGCCCCCCCACAUUAAAGAGGAAGACGAGACGCCACAGACCCAUAAUGUUAAACUGACCCUUCACAUUAAAGGGCAAGAGGAGGACCCACUGAUCUUACACAUCAAAAAGGAAGAGGAUGAUCCACUGACCCCUCACUUUAAGGAGCAAGAGAACCCACUGACCCCUCACAUUAAAGAGGAAGAAGAGGACCAGAGCCGCCGCACAUUAAAGAGGAAGAGGAGGAAAAGGGCAUCAGUCGGCCUAAAUGGUUGGAGGAGUUCCCAGUGACUGGUGUCCCUGUGAAGAGUGAAGAUGAUGAGGUGAAAGGUGAAAGUGAGGAGAGGGGAGGGGGGGAGCCUCCAAGCAGCAGCUCAACACAACACAUGACAACAGAAGCUGAUGGAGACCACUGUGGAGGAUCACAAGCAGACAAGCUCUUAGCUCCACUAUCAGAUAGUGAGGACACAACGUCACACUCUCCUGACACUGAUGAUGAAGACUCUAAAGAUGAUAAGACAUGUCACACUGACAACACUCACUUCACAUCUUCUCACUCUCACAAAACCUUUAAAUACCAAAGUCGUCUGAAAGUACACAUGAGAACACACACUGGAGAAAAACCUUUUUCCUGUUCAACCUGUGGUAAAGGUUUUACACAAAGUACAGAUGUGAAAGUACACAUGAGAACACACACUGGUGAAAAACCGUUUCCUUGUUCAAUCUGUGGUAAAGGUUUUACACAAAGUCAGAGUUUGAAAAAACACGCUAGAACACACACUGGUGAAAAAUCACAUUCCUGUUCAAUCUGUAACAGAAGCUUUUGUUGACGAUCAACCCUUGUAGCACACAUGAGAAGACACCCAGGAGAAAAAGUGUUGAGUUGCAGUGUGUGUGGUGAAAGAUUGUCUUCUAAGUAGCAGUGUAAGAAACACAAGUGUGCUGGUGAGAACAGCAGCAGCAAAUGAAACUGCAGGAUUUGAAAUAAACUGUCCAGACUUU